AUUCGAAAAACUUCAAUGUCUGACUUGGCAUAUGACGCAUUUGGCAAUAUUGGUUUACGUAUCGUAGGGUUCUUCUUUACUUCUAUAAGUAUAGGGUGUUCUAUUCUUUAUCUAGUCCUGGCCGGUGAUAGUCUCCAACCUUUGUUCGUAAAUAUUGGAAUUGAUUUGGGUAUGAAUAAUUGGAUCUACAUUUGUUCUGCUGCUAUGGCUGUGCCUUUUAUAUUUUUAAAGACUAUGAAAGAGGCUGCUUGGUUGAGUGUUUUCGGUGCAUUAACAACCGCACUUGCCGUAUUGGUCGUAUUUGUAACGUCUAUUAUGGAAUUUCCUCAAAAUAUACCCAUUCAUCAUGAUUUGGUGAACUUUCGUGACAUACCCAUCGCAAUGGCAACCUUCAGUUUCAGUUAUGCUGGAAACAUAGUUUUUCCUCAUGUUGAAGCAAGCAUGAAACAUCCACGCUCAUGGCCAAAAGUUUACAUCUUUGCCAUGUGUACUGUAACAUUAAUGUAUCUAUUAAUUGGCAUUCCUGCUUACAUAACUUAUGGUCAUACGACUCUUUCUCCAAUAUACUUAAACCUUCCGUCGGGUUUUGCCGUGACAACUUCAAUUUUAAUGAUGACAGCUCACGUCUUAUUAGCUUUACCAAUAUAUCAAACCGCUUUUAGUUUAGAAAUAGAAGAUUACUUGGGUAUUAAUGUUACAAAUAUUGGUAAAAUUCGUGAAUUCUUCUUUAGAGUCCUUUUAAGAUUAUCAAUCGUGAUAAUUACAACUUAUUUGGCUGUUACUAUUCCUUAUUUUUCGGAUCUGAUGGCUUUGUUGGGUGCUUCGGGGUGGAAAGAAAAAUGUUGGGUUAUUUUUGCUUUAAUUUUUUCCUUUUAUGGCUUUUUUGUCGGUUCAUUUGACGCUUUGGUUGCAUUGUGGUUGGAUAUUAUGGGUGAAACCGAAAGUG